GUAGGACAUGUGCAAUCACAUUGCCAACGGAUGCAGGAAGUUUUCUGCGAGCAGAAACGGCUUAGUGCAAAGAGAAACGACUUACAAACGAUCGAGCAGUGUAUUUUCAACAGAACGCAAAUGCAAAUCAUUUCGGACAGCUCGGUGGCUUGAAAAACUACCCUAAAGCUAAGUGCAAACCAUUGUUUAGCCAUUGUUUCGCCAUUUGGUCGAGCAAAACCCGUACAAAGUAAGCGAACCCGGUUGUCGGGCCCCGGCACAAGGACGUUCCUACGAUCAGCUGUGGGUGUGUGUGUGUGCGGGCGCGUGCCAUGGAACCCGUGCGCACGCAUCGCAGUGUGCGUGCGCUGGCGUGUACGUACGGUGCUGGGCAGCUUGGUAGUGUUUGUGCCGGCCCGUCCACUUGUAAGUGGUCCAUCGGUCGACGGAAGCAGCAGCUUCGGCAGUGGCUGUCAGCAGCAGCGAAAAAGCAGCAGCAGCAGUAGUCAGUAGCAGGGCAGGCGAGCAGCAGCACGGUGCAGCCAGCAGAACCCAAGAGACGGCCUCCCCCCACCACCGUGCGUUCGUGUCGACGGUGUGAAAAGAAAGGACAAAGAAAGUUGUAACACUAAUCGCUCUCUGCGGUCGGUUACUACUGUGCUUGGAAGCAGUAUUUCCAAUCGGAACUCGGAUUCGAAUCGAAUUCUAACGCGAGGUGACAGAGCUGUGUGAUAAAAAAGGAUGAAAGUGUGAGAAGAAGAAAAGGAAAGGAAAACGAACACCCAACUUGCGGGCCCGGCUGUGAACGUGAAGAAGGAGAUUUUUUUUCUUCUCAAUUCCAUUCCACACCGCACUCGUUUUUCUUGCCCCCCUCCCCCCCUAUCUAACUGGUCGGAUUUCCUCCCGCUACGCGGUAGUGUAUGUGCCGUGUGAGCGCGUGUGAGUGUGUGUUCGCUCCCAUUGAUUGUGUCGCGUGCGGACGUGCAUGCGUGUGUGUGUGUGCGUGCACACGGGGUGGGGGUGUGAAUGAUCACGGAAGAGACGUGAAAAGUAACGUGAAGUGACGUGCGGCAGAAGGGUGGCUUUUUUUUAGUUCGUGUAUGUGUGUGUAUGGUGGCGUUGCUCCCUCCCCGCGAUCAGCCGUUGUGCAGUGUGAAGUGUGUGGUGUGCGGUGCCGAUUAAAAACGCACAGCAGCGGUCUCUCGACGUGGUUUCCUUCGAUUUUUUUUUCGGCCGUUGAAGGAAGACCAGAGUGUGAGUGAGAGAGAGAGAGAGAGCUGCGGCGGCGACACUGGGAUCAAUUUUUCGGUCGGUCGGUCGAAGCCAGCGGUGUCACGAAACGUGUUUGGUGUUGGUUGCCGGGCAGCAGCAGCAGCAGCAAGGAGGUGUCGUACUCCCCACAUCCUCCCCCGUACAUCUACCGGAAGGAUUGUCCCGUUCGCUGUUAAAGCUGCUUGCCAGCGGUAGCAACAGCAGCGCUUUUACACCCAUCAGAAGAAGAUAAAGUGAUCGUGCAUGUGUGUUGCGGUGUGUGUGCGUGUGUUUUGUGCAGGGGUGGAAUAAGGCAACCCGCUUGCGUCCCGUCCCCCUUUUGCUAAUGCAACACAUUAAUACACACACUCCAAGCACACAUACAAAAACCUCCAAACACACACACAGUGUUUGCAGUGUGAGGUGAAAAGCGGUGCCGCUAUAGGAAGAUUGCACGAGUGCAACGAAAACGAGGUUGAAAAGUGAGAAGAAGCGAAAAGAUUCCGUAACCACCCAUAGCAGCAGCAGCAAAAGUGGAAAGAAAUUGCGAGUGGCUGUGUGUGUGUGUGCUUUUGUGCGCGCGUGCCUGUCAGUGUGGUGAGGUUUCUGCUUUUUCGGGUUUUUGUUAACUCGCACGCUUGCGGGUGAACGAGUGUGAGAGAGAGAGCGCAAGGGAACUGUGCAACCCAGCACAGUGUGUCGUCUAUCCUUGCGGAGCGCAAGCUAGAGGGAAGCGAAAGCGCGCUAGAGAAGCAACGCGCUAGAGACCGGUUCCGCUAUCUCUGUCGUGUGCACGCUCGCUCGCUCACACCGGGUCCCGAAUGUCGGGCGACGGGAUGUGUGUGUGUGUGGUGUGGUGUCGCGCAACGUGAAUAGAGAAAAGCAGUAGUAGUUGGCCGUGGAACGACGUCGCCGUGUGCGCGAAAUGAUGUGUCCGUCCGCUCGGGCGUGUGCGUGCUAGUGUGGGUCAAAGUGGAAGUGAGGGGGGAAAAAGUGGUAGCAACUCGUCGAUCGCGCCCCGCGUGUCUCUGUCGAUCUCGCUCCCCACUCCCCACGGUUCGGUCACAGAAACGUCACGACGAGCGCUCAUACAAAGAGAAGCUCACCCGUGUUGGUGUGUGUGUGUGCGCGUGAAAUUGAUGAAUUAGGAAGCUAGUUAGUGGCUGUCGCAAGAGGGACGGUGUGCGCUGGUUUCGGUGUGUGCAACACGAGCCAAGGAAGGGCAAAAGAGACAGACAUCGUCUUCGCUCUCUUGCGUGCGUGCGCGCGCGGGCUCGUGUGUGUGCGGGGCUGCUUCUCAUUCAUUUCGGAAAACGCGUACAUAUCCAACCAACAAACACACAAACACAGCGAAAGAAACCCGUACGCACACACUGGGAACAUUGCGGGUCGCACACAGCUAUACAAGUCAGUCACACAUACAACCCCCUCUCCCCCCUCAUACACCAGCAGCAGCGCGGAAGAGAUGAGCCGAUGAGAAGAGAUGCUGUCGGUGGUUAUGUAUGCUGCUGGCUCUGCCGCUGCUGGCCUGUGAGCGAGAGCGAGACGGGUGCGCCGCACACAUCACCGUCGGUGGGUUCAGCUGGCAACAAAGUGUGUUGACCACCACCCCACCAUCGAUUGGAGGCGAGUGUAGUUGACCGACUAAAGGGCGAAAACGGCAACCAUCAUUGGCUCAAACCAACCAAAAAAAAGUUAUGGAUAGAAGGGACGCAUCGGCAACUGCGUGAGGAAAACAAUGCAUCGGUCGGGCUGGAUGCAGCCUUCACACCACGGCAACCCUGUCACCAGUGUAAACGGUAAACGGCUUGCGAAGCAGCGGAACGCUGGUAGUGCCAUCAACACCACCACCACCACUAUCCUCGGUAGCAGCUACUACGAGGCGGCCACAGCAAUCACCAACACCACUAUCUGUCCAACGGCCGCCACUGUCGCCGUCAACGCAGCCGCCAUCAACGACGAUGAUGCAUCGCAAGAAGCGAAAGUGUAAACUUUCCUCGUGAACAACUUAUAUGUGUGCCUUAUCUCAUUGCUAAAAAAAAACACACACACAACCUACAAACUCACACAAGCUAUAACUACACGUCCUGAGUGUCCUGUUAAUCCUGGGACGAGUUAAAAAACCGAACGCGCACAACAUACACCCAUACUUACCCUAUCGUCAGGCGCAGUAACAUCUGCAACAUUGAACCAGUCUGCAAACAAAACUACAGAAGAAAAAACCAUCCAGUUUUCAUCAACAACCAACUACUACUACUCCUUGCUACAGUCCUUCCAGAACUGUGGAUAGUUGUAAAACCCAACUCCAGAGCCAAGGCGAAGAGAGAGAGAGGGAGAGCGAGAGGAAGAAAGGCAGAAACAAUCAACCACAACCACCAGCCAGUCAAUCAAUCACCGCAAGCGCAUCCUAGCGGGACGAAUCAGGAUCGGAUCGGUCGGGGGGUAACAGGAAGGAUAAAGAAAGGAAAGUACGCGCGUAUUCUUUCCCCCCCCCCCCCCGCAUUAUACUCCAACGAAACUGCACACCUUUCCGCUCGGUGUGCAUCAUCAUCGCCCUGGUGUCCUGUUGCGGUGUGUCCUGGACUCUCCGGAUUUAUAUACAAAUUUACAUUUGUAGUUUUAUAUUUUAAACAAAAUCUAAACCUUAACACACACACACACGACGCCACUCGACGCUUCUCGAGCCCAGUGCAAAUCUUGCUGUGAACGCGUGUCUGCGUGUGUUGCGUGCGUAUCCUUUCACGCGCACCGGAAGGAAGCAAUCAAUUAGGCGGUGGGGACAGGUUUCGGCUGCUCCAGGCUACUUGUGCAGUGUGUUUGUGUCUAUACAGAAGUACAACGAAUUUCGAAUUUGGACGUGUGAAGCGCAGCACAACACACAAGAAGGAAGAGCAAGAAAUACGGCGGAGAUAGCGAGAGAUAGAAGGAGAAGAGAGCGCAUACAAAUAAUAAUAAUAAUAAUAAUAUUAACCCGGUAGUACAACAAACGCUUGUCGUAGACAGGUGUGAUUAGUUUGUAAAACGUAAAAAAAGCAACUCAUGCAGAUUAUAUUCACAUCGCCAUACGAUUAAGAACGAGAGACAGAGAGGGGGAUCGAAUCCUCAAAGGAAAAAUCUACAAAGAUAAGGAACGCACGAAGAAGAAGAAGAAGAAGAAGGAGAAGAGGAUCACAGCCUUCCGGUCCGUUUGCUGUAAGACAGUAAGCAAGUGGAAGAGAACGAAGAGAACCGAAGAGAGAGAGAGAGAGAGAGAGCAAGAGGAUCCUAAUACACUUCCACCGUGGUUGUAACCGCCGUUAGCCCGUCUUUUUUGUUACGUGCUUCCUGUGCUUCCUUCUGCCGUCGUUGCCCGAGGGUCGUUCAUUGUACAUGUGUGCAUGAACGGUGCAUCAAGCGACGAGUACUCUGGUGCUGCUGCAUGCAACGUCGAGGGUCGUACUCACUGGCCCCAGUAGCAGCGGCGGAAGUGUUUGCAUAGCAGAGGAAACGAACGGGAAACGACCGUAGGAGGGGACAUCACGAGAGACACACCAUACACACGACGGGGUGCGGUGGAGAGUAGUAAUGGAGGAAUCGCAACAGACGACAGCAUCGCAGGCGGAACAGCAGCAGAAGGAACAGCAGCAGCAGCAGCAGCAGCAGCCGUCGCAGCCGGCACCACCGCCCCAGCAACAGCAGCAGGGCUUUGGGACGUACAUUGCGCUGGAGGACAGUACCGGGCCGCCGACGCUGGUGGACGAGCUAGCCUUCGAGAAGGAUGACAUCGUGCACGUGUGGAUGCCGACGGUGACCAAACCGCCGACCAGUACGGCGGCCGAAGGUGAAGGUGGACCGCGCGUCGCCUGGUACAAGGCCACCAACGCGCGCACCAAGCAGACCGGCUACGUGCAGUUGAGCAAACUCUCGCCGCUGGAAAACAUUGACCCCGUUGUGUACAGCGGGGGCACAGCGCGCCAGUACAUCGGUACCGUUCCCGCCGGUACCUGCGUGUCCAUCGGUUGCGCUUGCGUUGCCGGUGGUCUGCAGCAACAACAGCAUCAGCACCAACAGCAGCAGCAGCAACAACAACAGUCACAACAAACCGCGAUCUCUGACGCCUUCGGUGGGCUGCGGCUAGCCAGCAGCGGCACCACACCGGGCACCACCGAUACGACCGGGUCCAAUGCGGAAGAGCUCUACGUGAAGUGCGUAACGCCCGCCACGGUGCUAAAAGAUCCAGCACUAAAAGAUGAAAUGGCUAGUAGAACCAGUAACAGAGCUCACGCGACCGAGUUUGUUUAUUUUGUAACACCCAUUAUAUGUUUGUUUUGCCGGGACUACAUCUGGGGGCUUGGAAGGCAAGGUGGACAGUGUAGAAACUGCUCUGCAUGUUUCCAUCUCAACUGUCUGCCGUACACCUGCUACAGGCCGUGCCAAAGAAAUCCGGACAUGUACCAGAACAUACCGAGUACUUUCAGAACGGAAAAGUCAAUUAACGAAUGGACGACGGAAAAUGUGCUGGAAUGGAUGACCGCUGUUAAUAUGUAUGACCAUGUGGAGGUAUUCAAAACGAAAGCUAUAAAAGGCUGUGAUUUACCGAAAUUGGAUCGUGAUAAGCUUGAACAAAUGGGUAUUAAGAAUGAUUUCCAUCAGCAAAGCAUCCUGACGACGAUCACGCAACUUCUGAUGAGCGCAGAGAUGACUGCGGCGGCGGCGGCCGAACUGCCGAUCGUGCCGGCACCGGUCAACCUGCCGGUCGGUACCGACCAGCAGCAGCAGCAGUACAACGGACACAACCUGGUGAACGGUUCGUUUUCGAAACAGCAAAAAUGUGAUAUGUGCAAGAACUACCUGCUAGGACUGGUCCACCAGGGACUGUUCUGCACCCAGUGCAAUAUGGUCGUACACCGGCAGUGCUCGGUGAUGGGCCUAAGGCCAUGCAGUGCCGCUGGCACCCAACAGCAGCAGCAGUCGCAACAGCAGUCGCAACAGCAGUCGCAACAACAGCAGCAGCAACAGCAACCAACACAGCAGGUGGGGUCCACGACGGGCGGGUACAUGCUGGGCGGCGCUUACCGGCAGGAGCACCAGCACAUGUUUGGCAAGAGCCUCUGCCUGCUGUUCGACGUCCAGCAGCAGGCGGCGCCCCAGAUCGUGGUCGACCUUUGCACCAGCCUGGAGAAGAAGGCGGUGAUGGACAAGGGGCUGGACCUGUACGUGGUGUAUCGCACCACCCCGCUACGGUACGACGAGGUGAACAAGCUGCGCGACGCGCUCAACGAGAAUCUGCUCAACAUCGAUCUGAACGGCUACACGCCGGAGUGCGUCGCGACGGUGCUGAAGAAGUUUUUCCACGAGCUGCCCGAUCCGCUCAUACCGGUUGCGUGGUAUCAGUCGUUCAUUGACGCUUCGUUGCUCGACGAUCAGCAGGCUGUCGAACGCAUGAAGGGAAUCAUACAAGAGAUGGCGCCACAUCACAACAAGACGCUGCAGUACUUCAUGCGGCACCUGAUCCGAAUCUGCCGGUUGCAGUUUAUGCGCGGAAACAAGCAGCAGCCGACGAUGUUGUUGCAAAACUGGUGCCAUAUUUUGAUGCGCCCAGCGUGGGAAAGGAUCGUGCACUUCGUGGCGAACAUAAAGAACCAUCUGCGAGUGCUGGAACUGCUGAUGUACAAGAUUGACUGGAACGAGGCGCUGCCCGAGUUUCUCUCCAUACCGGCCGUGCCGCCGCGUAAGACGUCCCGCACGGGUAGCGGUGCCGGUACCGGUCCCGGGUCGACGAAAAAGUCCAUCAUAGCCUCGCCGGAGGGCGGAUCGAUCGGUGGUCCGCUGCUCGAAAGCGAUUACAGCACCACAACCACCGGCAGUGGCAGCAGCGGCAACACGCUUGGGCGAAGCGCGGCACAGCAGUACCCUAAUGGCGGCGGUAUGCUAAUGUCGCUGAUAACCGAUCCGAACACGCCGCAGGAGCUGCGCGACGCGGAAUGGUACUGGGGCAAGAUAUCGCGCGACGUGGCGAAGGAAAAGAUGAUGGACGCGCCGGACGGGUCGUUUCUGGUGCGCGACGCCAUCAACGAUGCGGGCGAGUUCACGCUGGUGCUGAAGAAGGACGGUACCGAUCGGCCGAUCAAGAUCUACCACAAGAACGGCAAGUACGGCUUCACGCAGGAGUGCACGUUCGAGAGCCUGGUCGGCAUGAUCAACGAGUUCCGGACGACCACGCUGAAGGAGUACAACACGAUCCUGGACAUCAGCCUGCUCUACCCGAUCUCGCGGUUCGAGGACGAAAGCCUGUACCCGGCGGCUGGCGACAUACACCAGCUGGCGGCCAGCUUCUACGAGACGGUGCAGAAGCUGACCGACCUGCAGAACAUGCGCGAGUCGACGCUGGAAGCGUUCAACGUCUGCCAGUCGCACAUGGAGCUGCGGCGCCAGGCGCAGGAAGCGUUCAUCGAGGCGGACAAGCUGUUCAACGACCAGCUGCUGACGCAGGCCCGCUACGAGAAGGAGGCGCAGCCGCACGAGCAGCGCAGCCUGGCGCAGAACCGCACGCUCAUCGAGAGCCGGCUGGAGGAGCUGCGCAAGUGCAAGAAAAACCUGGACGAGGAUAUGGAGCGCGAGCGGGAGCGUAUGCGCGAGCUGCAGCGGGAGGCGAUGAAGCUGAAGCCGGAAAUCAUGAACCUCAGCAAGCAGAAGGACCAGUACCUGGAGGCGCUCAAGCGCCAGUCGAUCACGGACGCCCAGAUCAAGCAGAUCCUGAAGGACGGCUACCUGUCGACGGCGAACCCGGACGGCACGCAGGAGCUGCCCCACCUGGACGAGACGACCUGGCUGCGGGAGCGGUACUCGCGCCAGGACGCGGAGAAGAAGCUGGCGAACAAGCCGACCGGCACGUUCCUGAUACGGGCGCGCAACGCCGGCCACUACGCGCUGUCGAUUGCGUGCGACGGGCGCGUCAACCACUGCAUCAUCCACCAGACGGAGCGGGGGUACGGUUUUGCGGAGCCGUACUACAUCUACGAUUCGCUCAAAUCGCUCGUCGUGCACUACGCGACCAACUCGCUCGAGGAGCACAACGAUCUACUGCAGACGACGCUCAAGUAUCCGGCGUUCGCGCCGAACAUGCCGAGCGGCAGCGGCAGCGGCAGUGGCAGUGGCAGCGGCAGUGGCAGCGGGCAAACCAGCGGAGGUGGUGGUGGUGGUGGUGGUUCAUCUUCUUCCCGGCAGCAAGGAUCGGCCCCAUGGUCGACUUCGUUUGCUGCCUAAAGGGGAGCUGCGUCGUCGCCUCCAUCAGCUCACCAUUUUGCAGUUCGUCGGUAUUGUUUUGUUUUGUUGUUCUCUCGCUCGCAGGUGGUACUGCUGUGUGUGCGUGUGUGUGUGUGAUGUUCGGUAAUUUAAAAAUGUACGUAAAACAUACUGCUGUUAUAGCUGCAAGCACGAUUUAAGGUAGGCUAAGUAACUGGACCCGAUGAAUGCAGGGAAUGGACCUUCGAACCGGACUCUCUCCGGUUCUUCCCGCUAGAGUGGGAAACCAUCUAUUUUUUUGUUGUUGUCUCUUCCCUUUUAAAUUGUUCGUAUUUCGGUGUAGAGCAUGGCAAUCGCUUCCAAAAUUGGGAAUUUGAAGUGCGUUUGGUAGAUGUGUAUUUUUUUUUUAUUUUUACAAAUACGUAUACACACACGUGCGCGCUGUGCUCGUUUGGUUGCGUUACACGAAAUGCGCGCGCGCAAAGGAGGUAGGGGAGUUGAUAUUAAUGGCGCGGCAAUUUCAUUCUUUUAUAAACGAAAAACACACACACAUAUACACACACAUACAAUAUUGUCCUCAUCAGCACCACAGCCCCACAAUCCCACAAAAUGAUCGUGUGUACGCAAGGAUCGCGCGAACGAAGGAUAGUUUUAAGACAAACUUUCAUGCUAAGUCUACAUUUAUGUAUGAAGGCGUUAACGUAUGCGACGUACGUUCUACGACAGCCCAUUACAUAACACACGCAGUCCACUCCAGCAGUGUUUCGGAGUGAUCUAAGCGCUGCGGCUCUCCCGGACGACGAUUACGGCACGGCACGCCCCACUAAACUCCAGUUUCGAUGCAUUUGGGUUUUACUUUUACUUUCGAGGGUGGGGAUGUGUGUUUCCGUGAUUAAAGAAAUUGGAUAAUGAAUACAGUAAGCUUUGGUUUGGUGGGCGGCACUCACCUUUGCCGCCGCCGACGUCAAAUUAGCGGUUCGGGGUUAGGGGUUUACGUAUUAAUGUGCUCGGCGGCCGCUGUAGGUAUAGGAUGUGUAUAUCGUGUUUUUUUUGUUGUUUAUUUUUUGAAAAGGGUAUUAUUUUUAUUCUAACACGUGUGUAGCACCCAUUCGCAUUGAAGCGCGGCGUAGCAGAGCAUUAAAGCAGCAUGUAUCGCGUCCAAGUUUUGCCAAGACCAUCCUCUGCGUGCUCUUUGGCGCUGGUUUGCUAGCUAUAGCCGUGGCGGUUGGAGAACAAAACGAGAUUUUAGCUAUUCCUUGUUGUCCCCCCCCCCAUUGGAAGCAACACAAAGGAAAAUUGGGAAAUAAUAAUAAAAUGCAAAGCUUGAGGGGAAGGACAGUGUCGAUGUGUUGGGCUUUUACGUGCAUCAAAUAUUAUAAACUCCAUGAGUUAAUUGAUUCGGACGAGCACAACGGAUGGGGAACGGAGGACAGUACGGAGAACAAAAUCAGGGAAGCUGCGACAAAGCUUAGUGGACACGGGUGAUACAAAACAAAACAAAAAAACGCCGGCAUGACGAUUAACGGCUGCGAGGUGUGUGUUGUUGUUAGCUGCUAAGGUAGUAGAGACAGACGCAAGGACGCAAGUGUGUGUGUGUGUUGUUGUGUAGUAAGGAAAAGCGUUGAAAGCGUUGAAGCGUAGUAAGGAAAAGACAUACAUCGACGUAAAACGAUUGAGAAGAAAAGAAGAGAAAGAAGAGGGAGGGGAGAGUUACGUUCGCUCGUUCAUUUGUAUAUGCUGUAAUCGUUAAGGACACAUUUACAUUAUCCUAAUUUUAGUGUGACACCAUCUCGCUCGGAAGAUGGACAAGCAAAGAAAGAGCAGGCAAAAUGCGAUCGCGUAGGGUCUUUUGGUGUCUUUUGCACAUUUUGAUCAGUUUGCUGAAAUGUUUUUAAUGCAAAGGAAGCGGGAAACGUUUGUUUUCUUUUUUUCUUCGAUUUGUUUGAUAUGUUUCCUUGCUGCACAUCAUGCCCAGAUGCAUCUGGAAAAGGUCAGAUCUGUAAAAGAAGCAACGGAGGGAAGGGCUAUAGAGAGGAUAUAGUGGUUGAAGUAAGGUUAAAAACGCGGCCAAAUACUGAACACACACACACACACACAUACGGGAAGGAAUGGAAGGGAGCGAUCGCGCGUCCCGUUGUGCUCCGUUGUACUGGCUUGCCCGAUCGCUGCACGCGCACAACUGUUGUAGGUGUAACUCCCCCCCUUUUUAAGGGCGACAGCGCACUCAACGAGAACCGAGUCUCUGGUUGAACAUAAAAAUCUGUGGAUUAUUUGUAAAGUGAGUUGUGUGUAUAUUAUAUGAAUGUGGUUUCUGGACGGGAGCGUGAGUGUCUGAGCGAGUGUUUGUGUGUGUGCGGGAUACAAACUGUGAAGAGAGAGUGUAAAAGGAUGUUUUAGAGUUUUGUCUGAAUGUUUAGGAAUCAAACAAAUAUUGCGUAACUGUGUUAAACUACCAUGUAAGCGUUCAGUAAAGAUAGAUAUAUAUUAUAUAUUAUAUAUUCUAUAUUAUAUAUGUAUAUGUAUAGACAUAUGUGUGUAUACAUAGAUGCAUGUGUGCCACGUUGUACAUGCUGCAUGUAUGUAUAGAUAGAUAUAUAUAAGAUAUGUAUGUAGAAGGUACCGAUAAUACCUAACCAUUAUGUGCGCCCGUGUAGGUAUGUGUGUGAUGAAAAACAUAACUUUGUGAAACAAACAACAAAGCAACGCGUAGAAUCGUUCAAAAACAACCCUUACCCGAUACAAGACCAAGCAAGGAUUGGAGAGAACAAACAAACAAACAAACAAACAAACAAAUGAAACAAUCGAUAACGGUGAUUUGCCGCGUGUACAGAGGAUAGCAGCAAAGCAGAGGCGAAGAAGAAGAAGAUGGUGGUGGUGGUCCCCUAGUCUGACUAGGUUUGGGAAGUGUUGGUACUGAAAAUCAAAAUCAAACAAAGUUUAUACCCCCCGUCUAAACGGUGUUUUCCCGCAUCGAGCAGCGAACCUAACGCUAACGGAUAAGCAUACACAACACAACAAGUAUGAGUAGUUUACAUAUGUGUGUGCAGAUAAUAUAUAAUCAAAUUGAGGAAGAAACAAACAAAAUAGGGGCAGCAAGUUAACCACUUCUGGCAUUCAAACGCUGUUGCUGCACGUUAAAGCUUUCUGUCUAAUGUUGCAUACAAUUGCAAUACACACAAACACAUUACCUACCCUUUACAACGAUGAUCGAUCAUAAAACACCAAAAUUGACCGACAGUUGUGCAUGAUCCUCGUGCGCAUAAACAAAAACGUGUGAGAUAUGCUCUUAGGUAUGUUUUGAUCCCCUUCGUUCUGUUUCAUCCAAAUAAUAGUGCGGCCACUUGCAUAUUGGACGCUGGACGCUAUUAUUAUUGGCAAAUAGUAACCGGAAUUACAAAACGUGACGCGUAUAUAUAUAUCCAUUACAAAAUAUUGUUGUGCAUGUGUGUGUGUGUGUCUGUGUCUGUUGUAUAGGUUGAAAACAAAUUGAAAUAAUUAUACACAAACGACGGGGAAGAUGCAAACGACAAGAAGACAAGGUGUAGGAGGAUUAAUCCCUGUAGAGAUGAAGGGACAAAACAGACCAGGGAAUAACGGCAUGAUAGAAGGUGAUGGGGAGGGAGCAAAGGGGCUAAGUGCUGCCUAGCUUCGCUCCCCUGAUCCGGAUGAUAUAUGUAUAUGUAUAAAUUCAGCAAAAUAUAGAACAACAAAUAUGAAAACACACUAUAGAUUCACACACACACACACACACACACACACACACUCAUCAAGUACUAUACACCCGUGCAAACAAAAACAAAUGGUAGAGCUUUCGUGCAGGGCGAUAGAGCGAUUCACAACACAAUUAUUAUUCUUUCUCUUGUCCGUACGCUUGCACGCGCGGUGGUGAUGUGAAAAACAAAUUUGCACAACAAACAAAUGUGCGUGCUCGUCUAGUCGUUUAGAAUUGGAAACCAAUCAUCAUCAUCCCACUUCCAUUAUCGAGCACCACAUUUUUCCAUCGGGCAACCGUAACGAUCACCACUCAGCUGCGCGCGCGUGCGUUAGCUUAUGUGUAGUAGACUUUAAAAGGAAGGCGAAGAACAACCAACCAACCCACACGUUAGCUAAAGAAUCCUUUCAGUGUGCAGGGGAAACAUUUGGUACCAAUAGUGUUCCGACUGUAUCGCGCUCUGUAAUGCGUGUGUGUGUGUGUUUCUGUUCAAUAGGGGCUUAUCCGUCAACAUACAACGUACAAAAAUUAUACACAAAAAUACGAGGAGAUUGCAAAAAAAAAAAAACAAAACUUUAUCAGUUAAGCAAAACAGUGUUAAGCAGACGGCGUGUCAAAAGGGCAAGAGAUUCAAGCAAACAAGCAAAACAAAACAAAAAAACGCUUUUUAUGUGCUCUCGUAUAUUGAUAGGUGCAAACGAUGCUCUUUUACGAUGCACGAUUGUUACUAAAAUGUGUAGAUGCGUGCUUAGGGGACUUUUAGUAAAAGGAGCACCGAGAACGUAUGACUAUGUCCUUCUUUGUUUUCUGAUGCAACAGACACGCGCACCAACAAUGGCUGCAAACAAUGUAAGCAAAACAGUGCUAAGAACAGUGCUCUUCCCCAGCGCUUACGCCACAGAAACGGACACUAUUACUUCCUUGGACGUGUGUGCACCCCUUUGUCAUGUUGUGUAAGAGAGUAACAGUGGACGGAAGCUAGUAACAACAAUCUUUAAAAACAAAAAAAAACCAACCCGUUCCCCCCUCAACCAAACAACUCUAGAACGCCAAUCUUUUUUAAAUGUACGCGGGCAGUGCAAAAAAUGAAGAUGGAAAAAUUAUAAGAAGAGAAAAGGAUGAAAGUAAUGAAAAGAAAGAGAGAGAGUAAGAGAGUAGCAAGUAAAGGAAAACAAACAAACAAAACAAACAAAUCAACAAUCUCUGGAAAAAGGGAGGAGUGUGUGUGUAAGAGAGAUAAAAAACAAAAAUACAAAAAACAAAAACAUCUAAUAACAAAAUCCAAUCGGUCAAUGUGAAAGCGUAGCAUGUGAAACAUGUACAAAUUUACUAUUAAUAAUAAUAAUAAUAAUAUUAACACUAAAAAACCUAUGAUAACGAAGUAAUGCUAAUAAUUAACUAAGCGUAACUACUGCUGCAGUAACAAACACAAGUGAAGGUGGUGGCGGUAGCUGCUGCAGGGGAACAGCGUUUGAUGCACAGCGUCGCGAGAGGAGAGGGGGGUCGUUUUUUCAGAGUGGUUUUGUUGCUUAGCAAUAUUGUAUAAAGCACUUACAGGGUUUUCCAGUAGUACUUAUAGCUGUGCGACACUUGAUUGAUUUCUUCUUGCGUGAAAUGAACUUAAUGUAAUGGGAAUUGGACUCUACAGCACCGUUGUUAGAAAAAAAAAAUCUAAUAGGAAGGAGGCUGUCCAAAAAGUCCAAUUUCCAUCAUAUGAAGUUCAUUUCCUAUAAGAAAGUGUCAAGGAAGUGUACCACAACUAUGGGAACCUCUGGAGACACCCUGUAAACAUGUUAACACACCGUACACAAACAAAGCAUGCUGUUUUCGAGAUGUUGGCAACAUCCUUUUUGACUAUCAUUCUAUGGGGUGUGGCAUGAAGGUAAGGUUCGGAGUGUAUUGUUAUGAUAGAGACACGAUAACUCUUCCUACUUCAUGUCCCCCAUUCGUUGUGCUGUGCUGUGUGUGUGUGUGUGUUAAAUUGCAUUCUCAAUAUUUCUACCACUACUCUGCGGAACACGAUCCUCUUUAACUCUUGUCUGGUGAAUCUUCGCUGUGCAGCCUUCGCAGCACCGCCCCUCCACUCAAGGAUAACAACAAUAACGAAUGAUGAAAGCGAAUGUGGUGAUCUUUAGCCAGUUAGUUGGACAGAGUUGUAAAAUGCAUGUGAUGAAGCGACAGUGAGGAAGGAAAGCAAGUGAAAGCAAACCCCCCGCCCAUCUACAGUAAAUCGAAGCAAAAGGCGUGUGAAAAACGACGGGAUUAUUGUGUGGUGCGAGUGAUCAUAAGCGAGCGCGGAGUCGGUGAGCAAGACCAAAGGCUUAGGAAUGUUUCGAUUUAUGGCGUUUUUUUUUUCUUUUCAAUUUUCCACCGGCAAAGCACAAUAGUUAAAGGCGCGUGUCAGAACGGGCCACAUGGAGGAUAUGUUAAGAAACAUUUUGGAGGUGAAAAUGAAACAAUUUGUCGAAGCAGCAGCAGCAGCAGCAGUAGCAGAAGCGUCCAACGUUAGUGUUAGAAGCGAGAAGUGCAUAUAUCGAAGCGUUAGUGGAUAAUCUAUUUUAUAAUUGCGUGCGUCUGUCGGCCAGCGGGUGGUGCUGUAAGAAAGAGAGAAGGAGAGAUUGUGUGAAGGCGGAGGGAAAAGGGUUAAAACUUAAUUUUCCCAUUUUGUCAAAUACCUCUAUACAAGAAAUGCGCAUUUGUUGGUUCUCAGUUUCGUUUGUAAGAGUUUUGCUGCUGUUUUUUUGUGUUUUGCUCCCUAGUAGCAGUAGUAGUAGUAGUAGUUGUGUACGUGUACCACCUAUUCCGCUACUUUUUACCGUAAAACGGGGAGUCGACAGAAAAUAAGGAUAAUAGGCACACUCAACACAUUUAAAAUAAACACACACACACAAAACAAAUAUUACUCGUGUAAUCUAAGUUGCAGUUUAGGGAUAAGUUUAUUUGUUUUUUUUCUUCUGCGAAAUGUAUGUGAUUGAAGAGCGGGAGGUGUGGAUAGCAGGAUGAUGAUAAACAGUACAAGCUAUACAUGGGGGGAGGAAGCAAAACAUUUAUGCAGAAAAGCAGCAGCAGCAACAGCACACCACACGGAGUGGUCUAUAGUUAGCGCUAGGCAUCUGUUUUAGGCGAUGAAUUAUGUUACAAAUGAAUUUAACCACACACACACAUACACAUACACUUACAUAACAAACAGAAGCAUAAGAUUUAUACAUAGCCACAUUUAAAGGAACUAACAUAGUACAUGCAUGCAUAUAGAAUACUUGAGAGAAAAACGGAAUUCUCGUUUCAUAUUGUUUGGGCCGAUCAGUUUAUAUACAUUAACAGCAGCAGCCUGAGUUUGGAUAUGAUUGGUUGUUUUUCCUAAAAUUCCCUCGAUGUAGGAGUAAAAUUUGCAAAAAAACGACAGUCGGAAACAAGAUCACCCAAAAUAAAAAUGGCUUGUUUAAGGGAAAAAGAAAUUGUUAAGAAAAACAAAAACACACGUACACACUAGGGUAACAAAUAUAAAAAAAAACAAACAAACAAAGAAAAAGGACAAACUCACAUAAAAUACACUAACAAAGCAAAACAAACAAACAAAUAGGACAGAGACACAUAAACAAGUACAUUAACAAAGUAAAACAAACCAGACAGGACAACCACAUAAACAAAAUACACUAAACAAAACAAACAAAUUGCAAUUAAUUGUGAUGCACUUGUGGUGGGAAAUUGUGGGAGGGGAAGAAUUGUUGUAAACACGGGUAGAGAGAGAGAGUGGUGAAGUGUUGUAGUAGGGAGGAUAGGGAAGAAACUGGUUAAAGCUGUGCGGUUUAGAAUGAUGCUAGACAGUUUCUGCUCGUAGGGUAAUGAGUAAGGACCAUUCCCCCAAACUCAUAAGUUUAUGUAUAAUGCACACUUACACUCACACACACGAGCACGCCUGAAACUACUCGUAAUGGUCGAAAGUGCAUCUGUCGAAUUUUAUCUUUAACAACCUGUAUGUGUAUGUUGCUGCACAGAUAAUUGUAUGUCUCUCUCACUCAUUCUUUUUCACGCCAGCUUAGAUCUUUUAUUUGGGGAGUGGUAGUGCAUUUGGAGGACGGCGGAGAACAGUGAAGCCACACACUUUUUGAAAGUUUCAACUUUUGCAGUCAAUUUUGUGCAUAUAUAGGAAGAGUAGUAGAAUAGUACGUUAACACAUGGUGUUAACACUUUGUAAUACUCUCAAUCUUUGGAAUGUAUGCAACACACGGGUGUCUGUGUGUGUGUGCUUUUGUGUAGCAUGUUCUAUUAAGGGGUUUGGAAAGUAGAGAAGAGUAUGCACUUGUAAAGCCGAAGGUUCUUGCAACGAAAGAAGCUUUCCUUUUUAAAUCUUAAUACAGCCAAGCGACGUGUGAUAAUACGCGAAGGGUUUGUUCUACUUUGCUUUUGGGCAUUGUUUUAUAACGAUGAAAAUCCAUAAAAAAUAGGCACUGUUUGUUGUCUUUUAUCCUUCCUCUAUAUUGAGUGACACACAGAAGGAGAGAGUGGCACUUUCCUUUCGUGCAGUACUUUUAACCGCUUCCUUUGAUUGCACAGCAGCAACAUGCCAAACCGAAUGUUCUUCGUCUCUGUGGUUACUGUUUUUUUUUGUCAACCACCGAAAGGAUGUUGUUCUCGUAUCUUUGUACAAUGGGAGCUACUACUGCGGCUGGUUCAUACAAAUGAUUGUUGUGAUAAAAUAAGAAGAUAAAAACACAAACACUUACAGACACAAAUACACACAAAAACAAAACGAGAAAAAAAAAAUCAGGAAAAGAAGCAACAUUUUGCAAACACAUACAUCCCUAGCAUGGAUAAUGAAGAAGAAGCGUACGGCACUGAUAGAGAAAAAAAAUCGGGCGAAAAAAAAAACAAAGAAAAGAACGUAAGAGUAAUCAAAAACGUAACGUAAACCAAUUCCUUCCGGAUGCGCCAAAUGAAACCGCUCAAUGCGGAACAAAUUACUACUACUACUACUACAACUACAAGUACUAACUAACUAACUAACUAUAUCCCCCGGAAAGAGCACCACACCACAGUCCUGGAGCAAUUAAAGCAAAACAGAAGAAGAAAAGAGAAGAAAACACAACACUUAAAAUAGUAAUGCUAAACACAGCUUAAUAUGGACAAACACAGGAGAAAAAAAUUGUGCACAUGUGGUCUAAUAGAGAGUAGUAGUUGUAGAAAGCAGAAAAGCAUAAAACAAAUCAUCAAUAUUGAUAUACUCACCCAGGAAACAAAAACAUACAUACAAAAGGAGAACAGAGAUGAAGAAGCGCAAGACCAGUUUAUAGAGGAGAACCGUUGUGAAUCGUACCGAAAAUGAGAUUCGUUGCUGGUUAUGUGCUUUUUUUAUUAAAAGGAAACAAUGGGUAAUUUGUUGUAUCACAACUCUAAUUCAUAGUUGUCCCACCACACACACGCGCGAAUUGCAGACAAACAAACAAAUGGUGGGAUAUAAAAUUGAAGAAAAACAAACAAACAGCAGCACACGUGAGAAAGGCGUGAAAAGUUACUCUUUUUUUUGUCGAUGAAUGGAAAUACAAAAAGAAGAAGAAAAAGAAAAGAAAAUAGCACAUGUGAAAAUGCAUGAUGAAAAUACAAAAAAUACACAAAAGAGCAGGAAAAUUGCCGAGAAUAGAACCACAACAGUAGAGAUAUGUGAAGCAAAAGAAGGAAAGGAAGGAAGUGAGAAAAUAAAUAGUAGGCAAGAAUGGAAUGGAAUGGAAGCAGUUGAGUAAAACAACAAAUUAAACAACAAAUUAAAGAUUAAUGUGAUUGUAUUGUACAUAAAUUUGUAUUAUAUAAAGCGAAUAAGAAAAUGUGAAAUAAGAAAAUCCAACAAAAUUAAUGAGCGUA